GCAUUAUCACACCAGUCAAACAAAACUUGAAACAUCUUCCAAACUCCCAUUGUUCCUGCUGCUCUCUCUGUGUCCUACACUUCUUCUCAAACUAUUUGAACAUUACAACUUUUGAGAGAUGAAUUUGGAUCACUUGCCCGGAGACUGCUUUGCGCAUAUUUUAUCAUUUACAUCUCCCGGAGAUGCAUGUCGUUGUUCAUUAGUUUCGUGGUCGUUUCGCACCAUGGCUGAUUUGGAUAGCGUGUGGGAGAAAUUUCUGCCAUCCGACCAUGCUGAAAUUCUAUCCAGAUUAGUAUGUCCAAUAACUUAUUCCUCUAACAAAGAGUUGUUUAUCAGGUUAUGCAGUCCAAAUCUAAUUGAUGGUGGUAAGAAGAUGUUCUCAAUAGAGAAAUCAACAAGGAAAAAAUGUUACAUGUUAAGUGCAAGGGAUGUUUCAAUUACAUGGGCAUGCAAUCCUCUGUAUUGGACCUGGAGACCUCUUGUUGAAUCAAGAUUUGCAGAGGUUGCUGAACUCAGAACCAUUUGGUGGCUGGAAAUAUGUGGCACAAUGAACACUCAAAUGCUGUCACCAAAUACAGUCUACGGGGCCUAUCUUAUUGCCAAGUUGGCUGAUCGUGCGUAUGGCUUCGACUCUUUGCCAUCUGAGGUUUCACUUGAAGUUGGUAACUUCAAAUCACAAGGUACAGUUUACUUGAGCACACGCCAUGAUCAAAGUAGGAAGCAAGCUGCUGCUGCUGCUGAUUUAGAACAUGAACAUUUUUCGAAGCGGAUCAGAGCUUUGAGAUGGAGGGUUUUAGAAGGAGAUCAUGGAGGAGGUCUCUGUGAGCGCAAAGAUGGCUGGAUGGAAGUAGAAAUAGGAAGCUUUUACAAUGAAGGUUGUGCUAAUAAUGAUGUAAAGAUGAGCCUAAAAGAAGUGAAGGGUGCCCAUCUCAAAGGUGGACUUAUUGUUGAGGGAAUUGAGAUUAGGCCAAAAAUUUAAUGCAUGUACGGCAUUAAUUUUGAAUAAAGUUUCUCAAUUAUGAAUGGAUUUUAAGUACUCGAACUUGAA